UCACCAGGACGAUCGAUGGCCUGUUGCUCUUACUGUACUGUACAUCUGUACAUAUAGACAGAAAGGAGGAGAGAGAAAUUAUAUAUUUUAGAGAUUAGGGAGAUAUAUAUGAUCAACAUUUACAUUAAAGGAUACAGAACAUAUGAUGACAAUGGAUUUGAUCAGGACUGUGUGUUUGAUGUGCUGUGCUUUUACAGUCAACUCCAUUGCAAAUGAAUUGAAGGAGCGUGCGCUGAGACUGAUGGCUGAAACACCACUAAUAGAUGGGCACAAUGACCUGCCCUGGCAGUUAAGAAACAAGUUUAAUAAUCAGCUCAAGGAAGCGGACCUGUACACACUAAACACCACUCAUACCAACAUCCCAAAAAUCAAAAAUGGACACCUGGCGGCACAGUUCUGGGCUGCUUUUGUCGCCUGUGACACGCAGUAUAAAGAUGCAGUCAGACAGACCCUGGAACAGAUCGAUGUGAUCCACAGGAUGUGCCAGAAAUACCCAGAGGUUUUCACGUUUGCUGCUAGCAGUCAAGAUAUAGAGGAUGCCUUUAAACAUAAUAAAACGGCCUGUUUGAUUGGUGUAGAAGGCGGGCACUCCAUCGACAGCAGUCUGGGCACACUGCGCCUAAUGUACCAGCUGGGCGUGCGAUAUCUCACUCUUACACACAGCUGUAACACACCCUGGGCAGACAACUGGCUGGUGGACACAGAUUCUGAGCCUGUAGUGCAUAAUGGAUUGUCUGAAUUUGGCAAGCAAGUGGUCUUGGAAAUGAAUCGUAUUGGAAUGUUGGUGGAUCUGGCUCACGUAUCUGAAAAGGUGAUGAAGCAGGUUCUGGAGAUCUCUAAAGCACCCAUCAUAUUCAGUCAUUCGUCUGCAUACAGCAUCUGUCAACACAAGAGAAAUGUUCCUGAUGAUGUUCUUCGAGAAGUGAAAAACAAGAAUGGGAUUGUCAUGAUCAAUUUUUAUAAUGAUUACGUCACCUGCCAGAAAGCAGCGAACCUCUCUCAUGUGGCUGAUCACUUUGACCACAUCAAGAAAGUGGCCGGCUCUAGUAUCAUUGGAUUCGGAGGAGAUUAUGAUGGCGUAUCACGUGUACCAGAUGGUUUGGAGGACGUGUCAAAGUAUCCUGACCUGGUAAUUGAACUUCUUAGGCGUGGUUGGACAGAUGAUGAGAUUAAAGACGCUCUGGGAAGAAACCUGCUGAGGGUGUUCAGAGAGGCUGAGAGGGUCAGAGACAGCCUUAAUGGUGUCACACCAGAUGAUGUACCCAUCCCUCUUAAAGAGGUCCAAAAUCCCUGCCGGACCAAUUAUGGUUAUCCAGAUAUCAUAAGUUCAGCAUGUACGCAGUCUUUAUAUCCACUAAUCUUAGCCCUGACACUGCUAACCAAGUUACUUGUGUGAUGGUCGGACUCCUAUAGUUGUUGUGGAGGGUGCCUGAAAAAGAUCUUUGAUAAAGAGUUCCCAAUAGAUGUUGUUUAUUCAUUCAGAUUAAAUGUUUUAUUAAUUAUUCAGAUUUUAUCCAGCCUAAAUCAAUUAAAGUAAAAAUCUGUAGGAUUUUCACCACUAGAGGUCACUAUUUUACAAUAACAAAGGCGAAGCUUAAAGACGUUAUGAAGGAGAGUGGAACGAUUAACGUUGUUUUCACCAUCCAGAGAUGUAUUGGAUUCGCUAUCAUGUUCAUUGAUGAGGUAAUAAAUUAAUGUUUUUUUUACCUGUACGUUUGAUCACAUUAUUUUAGGCCAUCAUAAUGAAAUAGCUGUAAGGCACAACAGCAGCAUGUUAGAUGCUGUAUAACCACCACUUGUCCCUUUAUAGAAAACUGAGGCGACAAUUACGAGGGAGACAAGGGAUGAGCCAUAAUUUAAAAUAGGAAUUUCUCUGGAUUAACAAAUCCUUGGGACUUUUUGGGAUAGGAACACAAAACCAUGAAAUAAAUCACACUGUGCAAUUGGUUUUUGCAUAUUUUAUUACAAAAAUCUUAAAUAUUGUGGUUUUAAUGUGUCGACUAUCGUCCGAUUCACGUGUAAGUAUGGAGCCCCUAAGGGGACAUGUAGCAAAAAUUCAAUUGCAUGUGAAUUGCAUGCACGUGCAUGUGAAACUAUCGCGUGCACACGUGAAACUAUCUUAGGAGCUUGGUAUGUAAGUGUGUAUUAGUUCAUGUUAAUGAUAUGCAAAAGGUAGAAACCCCAAAGUAAAUGACGCGAGUUAUCAUCUUAAAUCUCUUUUCUUGGACUACAAUAAACACACGGAUUGUAUCAGUUUACUUCCUGGACUUGGUGAUGUAGACAAUACCGACAUUUUCAUAAUUCCUCCCGCGUCAGACUUAAGUUAACUCCUUUUAGCAACCAAGUCUUUCAAACAUGGUAAGGAGCGUGAAAUUUCUGUCUGACGUCAGAGGUAUUCAGGCCAAUCACAACGUACAGAUUAGCUGGCCAAUCAGUGAGAGAAAUACAUGUAUGUGAAAAAUAAUGUGUUUUUAGCCAUAAACCACGCAAACACAUUGUAUUAUACCAAAUACACAAAAUAACGUUGUUUUAGCAAUGAAAUAGGUGCUCUUUAAAGAAAUACAGUUUUGGAAUAAAUACUGUACUGUAAGUUUUGUUUGGUAACCCAAAAUGUUCUUCAUGUUGUCAUAUCAUGACUUGGCACACUGACUAUAUCUUCAUUAUACCAUUAGACAGAAAUGUUUUUUCUAUGGCAUUGUGUUUAUUUUCAGUCUGGUAUCGGAAAUUAUCGGAAAUAUUCUUUCCGGUAGAAAAACUGGAAUUAUGACUUAAUGAAAUUUCCGAUAACACCUGAAGGCAACCAGUUAAAGUAGAGGGUGUGACCCAGAUGAAAGACAGAAGGAAACAGAAGCAACCUGCUCAACAAACACGAGACAUGAAACAGAAGAAAAUGUAUUUAGUUUUAACCUUCAGAUAUGUUAGAAUUUAAAUGUUGUUUUCCCACACUGCAAAUUUAUAUGUUUGAUAUAUCUUCAUAUAACCCUGUAUAUUCUUUAUUGUUCUCCUUGUAUGACUAACCCUUACAAAAAUUAACUAUAUGGUUUUACUACAGUUAAAACAAAAAAAAAAAAAACAUGGUAGGCCUACAACCAUGUUAACCACAAAUUAACCAUGGUUUUCAAAAAACAUAGUUAAACCAUGUAAAAUUUGUCUUAGCUUGCAUUUAAUAAGUUGAGAUUGAGUUUUGACAUUUCCCCCUGGCUAUGCACAAAAGCUGGACGUGGGCUGAUCUGUCUUGGUCAUGAAGUUCGACCAGACUUCCCUGUUCCAAUCUCCCCUUCCUUGUUUGCACCAAAGGGCAUGAUUAUUUAUGUAUCCGUAUCCAGACUUUCUUGCGAAGGGACCGAUCAUGCAACUGUUCUCCAGACAUGUUUGCUCAAUAGCUGCUCAUGCGAUUGUUUUAGACAUUAUCUAACGUCUAUCAGGUGACUAGUGCUCCCUUUCUGUACCCUAUACAGAAACAAGUCUGUCUAAUAAACUUUGGUCUAUGUUUGA